AUGAAAGAGGUACGCAUAGUACUGAAAGCAGUAUCGGAGGAUAUUCCCGUUGUUGAUGUCUAUACCAGUAGGACUUUCACAUAUCGAAAGCACUCAGAGCCAUCAAUAUGCCCGAAGUUCUACGAAAUCACAUCUGCUCUCGCAAAAAAGGAAAAACCGGGGGUUUACGAACGUGUAACUGGUCCAUACAAUGACUUGCGGUGGCUAGCCGAUGUGUCAAGUCAGUGUUUUUAUCCUCCCACACAAGUAUGGUACCAAUUUAUCGACUCUGCAGGGAUGAAAGAUUCCUUCUUCCCGGUAGUGAUGCCACCGAUCCAAUCAAAUCAGAAGCCAUAA